UUCUUCCUCUCAUUAAUCUUCAGCUUGCAGUUUUCUUUCCUUAGAGAACUUCAAGCUAUAUAUAACCAAAUUAACAAAAUUUAUAAAAAAUUAACUUCUAAUUAAAUUACAUUUUUUUCCCACUAAUAUUUAAUUUUUAUUAAAAAAAAAAGCAAAAAUGCAGGUAUCUCCAUCACCAACCAACACAACAACACCAAGAAACCCACUCCGAACUCGGUUAACAACCACAACCAAACUCACUUUCCGACCGAGUCAACUCACUAUCCGAUGCUCAACCUUUGGUAGAAAUGGCGCCAUUACUGGUUCACGUUCCGAUUGGCAAACCAAUUGUGCAAUUCUCGCUUCCAAAGUCAUCUCAUCCACCGUUAAAAAUUCCAACGACAAAUCCGAUGAAAUCACCAACGUGAAUGGCCAUCAAACCCUAAAUCUUAUCCCAGUGGUAUCCUCUUCCUCCGCCUCCGCCUCCGCUGUCUCUGCCGUAACAACCACUAAUAACCUUCCUAAACCAUUAUCACUUGUAGCCGAUCUUUCACCGGCUCCAAUGCACGGCUCUACUCUUCGAGUGGCUUAUCAAGGUGUUCCCGGCGCGUACUCCGAAGCCGCGGCUGGAAAAGCUUACCCUGGAUGUGAAGCCAUUCCUUGCGAUCAAUUUGAAGUCGCUUUUCAAGCCGUUGAGUUGUGGAUAGCCGAUCGAGCUGUACUUCCUGUUGAGAAUUCCCUUGGUGGAUCGAUUCAUAGGAAUUACGAUCUUCUUCUUCGGCAUCGGCUUCACAUUGUUGGAGAAGUUCAACUCCCUGUUCAUCAUUGUUUAUUGGCUUUGCCUGGUGUGAGAAAAGAGUAUUUGACGCGAGUGAUUUCGCAUCCGCAAGCACUUGCACAGUGCGAACAUACUUUGACGAAAUUGGGAUUGAAUGUUACAAGAGAAGCUGUUGAUGAUACUGCUGGUGCUGCUGAGUAUGUUGCUACACAACGUUUGCGCGAUACGGCGGCGAUUGCUUCGUCACGCGCCGCUGAUUUGUACGGCUUGCAGGUCUUAGCAGAUGGUAUACAAGAUGACUCAGGAAAUGUGACCCGGUUCGUUAUGCUAGCCCGGGAGCCCAUAAUUCCUCGAACCGACCGCCCUUUUAAGACUAGCAUUGUGUUUGCAACCCAUGACAAUGGUGAAGGGAAAGGGACAUCAGCCUUGUUCAAGGUCCUAUCCGCUUUCGCGUUUAGAAACAUUAGCCUCACGAAGAUAGAGAGCCGUCCCCAUCGCCAUCGUCCAAUUAGGAUUGUGGACGAUGCCAAUGUGGGUACGGCUAAGCAUUUCGAAUAUAUGUUCUAUGUUGAUUUUGAUGCCUCAAUGGCUGAACCUAGAGCCCAAAAUGCACUUGCUGAAGUUCAAGAAUUCACGUCUUUUCUAAGGGUUUUGGGGAGUUAUCCUAUGGAUAUGUCCCCAUGGUCACCUUUACCGUCCAAUGAUCAAUCAUGAUUUCGGAGGAAAAGAUGAAAGGAAUGGGGCGAAUCCAGAAUGAUUGUAUAAGGUGGGUCGACAACACUUAUCACACGUCAAUCGGCUUGGCUAUCAUUCUUUUGUGUUGUAUAUUAUACAAUUCAUUUUUAAUUGGGCAUUCAAUAAACACAAUCUAGACAGGUUUAAGCUUAAAUUCUCCCUAAAACGAAAAUAGAUGAAAUAUAUUUUGUGGCUUGAAAAGACAUAUUUAUUUAUUUAUUUUAGAUAAAAAUAGAUUGUUUAGAAGUUGUUUAUAAUUUCUUUUGGGGAGUUUGAAUUUUCUUUUUUAAUUCCUCCAUAAUGAUGAAAAUGGGAGUGGAGGAGUAGUGGUGGUCCUAGAGAUCAUGAAGUGGAAAUGGUUGGUGAGAAUUGUACAUGUAGAAAUGUUCAUAAUGAAUGAUGUGAUAUUCCACGUUCUUUCUUAAAUGUUUUA